GAGAGAGAGAGAGAGAGAGAGAGAGAAUAGGCAGUGGAAACACGGCAUAGUGACACAAGGGCGAAAGUGGAGAGCGAGACAGUUUUCCGUAAAAGGCGUUAGCUCAGCUAGUGUAAUGUAGUGAACAUUAUUCCGCUAGAGAACGACGGGACGAGCCCUGUUUUAGAAACUAAUUUUCCUCCCAUUCGGGGCUAACGCGAUAGCCUACUAGAAUAGAACAGAGUUUUAGAUUACUACAUUGAUUGCCUACGGUCCUGUCUGGAGCGGAGCUUUAGCGCUCUAACUAAUAGACAACACUAGAAUAGAUCAGAGGAAACCAGGACAGCUCGAGCGCCAAGAUGCCCCUGGCACAAUUGCCAGAUCCCUGGCAGAAGAUGGCACUGGGGCGGGCGGCAAGCGAGGAUGCUCAUCGGCAUGUUCUGGAGGAUUCUAUUGGAGAGGAUGAUUCUAUGUCCUGUAAUGAGGACGAGACUGUCAAUGAGAUCAACAUCACCAACCAUACCAAGGAGGGGUCAGAGAAGGGUGACCCUCGACAGUUUGAGCUCCGCAAGGUCCUAGGACAAGGCUCCUUCGGAAAGGUGUUCCUGGUCAAGAAGACUACAGGUCCAGAUACAGGACAGCUCUACGCCAUGAAGGUUCUGAAGAAAGCCACACUGAAAGUGCGUGACAGGGUGAGGACUAAGAUGGAGAGAGACAUUUUGGUGGAGGUCAACCAUCCCUUCAUCGUUAAACUGCACUAUGCGUUCCAAACAGAAGGGAAACUCUACCUCAUCCUGGACUUCCUACGAGGAGGAGACCUCUUCACACGACUGUCUAAAGAGGUGAUGUUCACAGAGGAGGAUGUGAAGUUCUACCUGGCAGAGUUGGCCCUGGCGCUGGACCACCUUCACAGCCUGGGCAUCAUCUACAGAGACCUCAAACCAGAGAACAUUCUGCUAGACGAGGAGGGACACAUCAAGCUGACAGACUUCGGCCUCAGUAAAGAGUCUAUAGACCAUGAGAACAAGGCCUAUUCGUUCUGUGGGACGGUGGAGUACAUGGCUCCGGAGGUGGUCAACAGGAGAGGCCACACCACCAGCGCUGAUUGGUGGUCCUACGGCGUGCUCAUGUUUGAGAUGCUGACCGGAACGCUACCAUUCCAGGGGAAAGACCGCAAGGAGACCAUGAACAUGAUCCUCAAGGCUAAGUUGGGGAUGCCACAGUUUCUGAGUUCAGAAGCCCAGAGUCUCCUGAGGAACCUUUUCAAACGCAACCCUACUAACAGGCUAGGGGCCGGCCCAGAUGGAGUGGAAGAGAUCAAGAGACACCACUUCUACUGCACCGUAGACUGGAAUAAACUGUUCCGUAGAGAGCUCCACCCUCCCUUCAAACCUGCUACGGGACGACCUGACGACACCUUCUAUUUCGACCCAGAGUUCACUGCUAAAACACCCAAAGAUUCCCCAGGGGUUCCACCCAGUGCCAACGCCCACCAGCUGUUCCGAGGAUUCAGUUUCGUAGCCAUAACAACAGAAGAAGAGGCACAACCACUACAGGCUACAAUAGUAAAGCAGCUGCACAGAAAUGUGUCUCAGUUUACUGAAGCAUAUGAAAUGAAGGAGGAUAUAGGACUGGGAUCAUACUCUGUCUGCAAACGCUGCAUACACAAGACCACUGGCAUGGAGUACGCAGUCAAGAUCAUCAGUAAGGCUAAGAGAGAUCCAACGGAGGAGGUGGAGAUUCUACUGAGAUACGGACAACAUCCCAACAUCAUCACACUGAAGGAUGUGUUUGAUGAUGGCAGGACAGUGUAUCUGGUCACAGAGCUGAUGAAGGGUGGAGAGCUGCUGGAUAAGAUACUGAGACAGAAGUUUUUCUCAGAGAGAGAAGCUAGUGCUGUCCUAUACACCAUCACCAAGACUGUUGAAUACCUACACGUACAGGGGGUGGUGCACAGGGACCUGAAGCCCAGUAAUAUCCUGUAUGUGGAUGAGAGUGGGAACGCUGAGUCCAUCAGGAUCUGUGACUUUGGUUUUGCCAAACAGCUGAGAGCUGAGAACGGCCUGCUGAUGACGCCGUGCUACACAGCUAACUUUGUAGCUCCAGAGGUGUUGAAGAAGCAGGGUUAUGACGCUGCCUGUGACAUCUGGAGUCUGGGAGUCCUACUCUACACCAUGCUGACAGGGUUCACUCCAUUUGCCAAUGGUCUAGAGGACACUCCAGAAGAGAUCCUGGCUCGGAUCGGCAGCGGGAAGUUCUCUCUGACUGGAGGAUACUGGAAUUCUGUCUCAGCCGAGGCCAAGGAGCUGGUGUCUAAGAUGUUACACGUGGACCCCCACCAGCGUUUGACGGCUGGCCAGGUGUUGCGUCAUCCCUGGGUCACACAACGCGACCAGCUGCCCAAAUUCACACUCACCAGACAGGAUGCUCCACACCUGGUCAAGGGCGCCAUGGCAGCAACCUACUCUGCCCUCAACAGGAACGUUCCACCUGUCCUGGACCCUGUGGGAUGUUCCACUCUGGCCCAACGGAGGGGGGUGAAGAAACUUACAUCCACUGCCCUCUGAUCUUUAACCUAUCACCUCGGACUUAUAACCUUGCUGGAGGUCUGUUCAGACAGACGGGCAGACCUGGUCCCUCAGGUGACCUGGACAGAACUCUGAUGCACCUGGGACCCCUCUGACCCUUCUCUGUUAGGAACUAACCCAGUGGUUUCCCCCCCUGGUGCCAGAGAUACAGAGUAUGCAGGCUUUAGAACCAGUUAGGGCUAGAACUACAGCCUGUAGCUCUGUUGGACCAGGGCUGGUGGUGACCACUAACAUUGUAUCGUCUCUCCAGUCUUUGCUUUGUACAAUCAGCGUUGCCUCUAGAUACUCAAGAGACACGUGUCAGGAACAUGAAUGUGCUGUAUAUAGAUGUAUGUGUGUAUGUACUUCUGGGAACAUUUGAGAGAUACCUGCAUAUGCAUUUAAGACCCAAUUUAUGAUGAACUGUAUAACUGUAGCUCUGUGUGUAAACCUUAAGUAGCCUCUUUAGUGACCGAGUCAUUACAGGGACAAAACUAGUGAUGUCAUCAGAGUGAGAGCAAAUGGGACCACUGACAAUGCCCCCUAUAUUGAGACAAGCUCCUCCCAGUCAGCCACAACAUCCAAUCAGUGACGGGAUUGAGGUCCAAUCAUGGCUUUGGUUAGGCCAGUCUGGCGACCGCCUACCCUGUCCACACCAACUCAGCUCUACAGACACUAAGGUAAACAUUAUCCUGGACCAGUGUUAAGCGGUGGCUCGCUGGGCAACGAGUCUGUGGCUUGCCCAGUGUGCAUGUUGCUGCCUUAUACAGUGCCCUCUGUAAUUAUUAUUUUGUCUUCUAUUGGCUCUAUGCUCAAUACGUUUGGAUUUAAAAUCAAACAAUGAGAGGUGAAAGUGAAGAUUGUCAGCUUUCAUUUGAGAGUAUUUUCAUCCUUAUCCAGGUGAACCGUUUAGAAAUUAUAGCCCUUUUGUUAUGAGACAAAUUCACUUGUGUAUUUUUUAAGCAGGCAAAAGUUAAGUAUUUGGUCCCAUAUUCAUAGCACGCCAACAUCAAAGUUGUGACUCUACAAAUUUGUUGGAUGCAUUUGCUGUUUGUUUUGGUUGUGUUUUAGAUUAUUUUGUGCCCAAUAGAAAAUAAUGUUAAAAGAAUGUAUUGGGUCAUUUUGGAGGGACUUUGAUUGUAAAUAAUAAUAGAACGUUUCUGAACACUUCUACAUUAAUGUGGAUGCUACCAAUAUUACAGAUAAUCAUGAAUAUAUCGUGAGUAAUGAUGAGUGAGAAAGUCACAGAUGCAAAAAUAUCAUACCCACAAGACAUGCUAACCUCCCACCAUUACAAUAACAGGGGAGGUUAGCAUGCAUACAAAUGCUAACCUCCCCUGUUAUUGUAAUGGGGAGAGGUUAGCAUGUUAUAUUCUUAUUUACAAUCAAAGUCCCUCCAAAAUGACCCAAUACAUUCUUUAGCAUUAAUUUAUAUUGGGCACAAAAUAAUCUGAAACACAACCAAAACAAACAACAAAUGUAUCCAACAAAUGUGUAGAGUCACAACCUUGAUGUAGGCAUUGCGUGCUAGGAAUAUGGGACCAAAUACUUAACUUCGACUACUUUAAUACACACAAGUGAAUUUGUCCCAAUACUAUAUACAAAAAGUACUGUCAGUUCUAAACGGUUCAACCGAUAGGGAUGAAAAUACCCUCUAAAUAAGGCAACAGUCUGCACUUUAACCUCGUGGACAUGGUUUGAUUUCCCAAUAAUCCCGGAGGACACUGUAUUUCCUGGUUCCGAGGAGCAUUUGAAUGGAUGAAGCUGUGAAGAGACGGAGUCUGGCACUGAACUGUCAAUACUGUACUAGUACAGCACCUCAGGGUUCUGGGAGAUGAAAUACAAUGCAUUUUAGAAAUCCAUUAACUAAGUCAUGUAAGCACACAGGUGGGGCUGGAACAGACAUGAUAUUUUCUGAUGAAUUUAACCUGCUGUCUGGAACGAUAUGACAGUUGUGGAGGUAAUCCAGUAUGUUACUGUCUGGAAUGAUAUGACAGUUGUGGAGGUAAUCCAGUAUGUUACUGUCUGGAAUGAUAUGACAGUUGUGGAAGUAAUCCAGUAUGUUACUGUCUGGAAUGAUAUGACAGUUGUGGAGGUAAUCCAGUAUGUUACUGUCUGGAAUGAUAUGACAGUUGUGGAGGUAAUCCAGUAUGUUACUGUCUGGAAUGAUAUGACAGUUGUGGAGGUAAUCCAGUAUGUUACUGUCUGGAAUGAUAUGACAGUUGUGGAGGUAAUCCAGUAUGUUACUGUCUGGAAUGAUAUGACAGUUGUGGAAGUAAUCCAGUAUGUUACUGUCUGGGCCUGCUGGCACAUGCUGACUUCUUGUCAAUCCCUUUAAAGCGCUGUCUGUCUAAUAGAAUGAAGAAAACUGUAGCUAUCAAUGACUUGUAGCGGUAUUAUUGAACUCAUGGUCUGAUUCUGGAUCAGUAGUGAACUUCUACCUAUUCAAUUUCUCUCCCGCUGCUCUUCUGGAUGUGUUGUAACACACACGGUCUUUGAGUUUCUGAUUGACUGUUAAGUGUUUAGCUGUAAGGUUGUGUGUUUGAGCAGUUUGUAUGUUGUUUUGAGAGUAGAUGAGAUGCAUUGCUUCUCUCUUUGGGACGGUUUCCUGGACACAGAUUGCACCUUGUCCUGGACUUAAAAGCAAUUUCAAUGGAGAAUCGGUCCAAGACUAGGCACAAUCUAUGUCUGGGAAACCAGCCUUUUGUGUCCCAGUCUCUUUCCUCUGUCCCUGUGGAGAUACAGUGUCCUUCCAUCCAUCCUGCUGCUACCGUCUCCUCUCUCUGGUUUUGUAUCUGUGGAGUCACAGUAGGACUUUGUAUUGAACAUAAUAAACAGGCCUUCAGUACAUGA